GUGUUCCUAUAAUUUCCCAUUUGUUUCUUGUUUUCAUCGCCUUUUAUUUUUAUUGUUAAAAGUCGAUUUUUUCCUUGUAUCCUUUCCUCAAAAUUUGUUUAUUUAAGCACCCAUUUGUCCCGAGACGAAUCUUUGCUUCACAAGCACUCUCAAUUCUCUUGAGAUAAUGAUGAAACGGAUUCUGUAUUCAGUCAACCCUAGAUAAAAGAAUACCUUCUUAAAAUUUGUUUUCAGAAGUUUUUUCAAUCAUGGGCAAGAGAGGAAUCCCGUUAUUUGGUCAUAAAAAAGAUGGGUUUUUCUCUAUGUGUGAUUCUGGGUCUCAAUGGAAUGUGGAGCAAAACAACUGCUAUCCAGUCGGCUUAUUUGCAAGCGUUGGACAAAUGGGAAUGGGAUUUGGAGUCUCACCAAGCUCCCCGAAUCCCCGUAACAAUGGUGGAAUUAAAGCCCCGUUUUCUGAUUUGGUUCUGAAAUAUUUACCAUUUCAAGAGGAAAUUCGAGUUGUUGGAGUUCCUGAAGAGGAAGCUUCUUUGAAGAGGAGGAAGAAGAAAGUUGGGUUAAAACUGAAAAUCAAAGUUUCUGAUCCUUCAUUAAGGAGGUUAAUAAGUGGUGGCAUAGCUGGGGCUGUUUCAAGGACCUGUGUUGCGCCAUUGGAGACAAUAAGGACACAUUUGAUGGUUGGAAGUAGUGGGAACACUACAACUGAGGUGUUCCAUAAUAUAAUGCAGACUGAUGGGUGGAAAGGGUUGUUUAGGGGUAAUUUUGUUAAUGUCAUUCGAGUUGCGCCAAGCAAAGCGAUUGAGCUAUUCGCUUUUGAUACUGUGAACAAGCGGUUGUCACCCAAACCUGGAGAAGAACCAAAAAUUCCGAUUCCUGCGUCAUUAUUUGCUGGGGCUUGUGCUGGAGUCAGCUCAACUUUGGUGACAUAUCCUCUUGAGUUAGUUAAGACUCGAAUAACCAUUGAGAAAGACAUGUAUGAUGGUAUAGUUGAUGCUUUCGUAAAAAUUCUGCAAAAGGAGGGUCCUGCUGAACUUUAUAGAGGCCUUGCUCCUAGUCUCAUUGGAGUAAUUCCCUAUGCUGCCACUAAUUAUUUUGCAUAUGAUACCUUGCGGAAAGUGUACCGUAAAGUUUUUAAGGAGGAGAAAAUUGGCAACAUCGAAACCCUUUUAAUUGGAUCACUAGCCGGAGCUAUUUCAAGCAGUGCAACCUUUCCGCUCGAGGUUGCUCGCAAGCAGAUGCAGGUUGGAGCUCUGAACGGGAGACAGGUCUAUAAGAAUGUGCUGCAUGCACUUGCCAGCAUUCUCGAACAAGAAGGGAUUCAAGGUCUAUAUAAAGGUUUGGGUCCUAGUUGCCUUAAGUUGGUACCUGCUGCUGGGAUUUCUUUCAUGUGCUAUGAAGCAUGCAAAAGGAUAUUGGUAGAGAAUGAUGAGGAUGCAUAGGAUUUUUCUCGUAAAGGGAAGCAAACUCGUACCGUUUUCGACCGAAAAACGAGCUGCAUGCAA